AUGAUUUUUUUCCUUUCUUUUAUCUUUUACAUUCUCUUAUUUUUCCUCCACUCACUUUCUACCUUUUCUUUUUCUUUCUUUCUUUCUUUCUUUCUUUCUUUCUUUCUUUCUUUUCUCCAAUAUCAUCAAUAUAAUUGUUUUACAAAAUCUCCGCCUUGUUUUUCGAACUGCCUUUCUCUAUUCGCCUUACUUGGCCAAUCUUACUCUAUAAUAAUUGAUUUAAAAAUCUAUCUAUCUAUCUAUCUAUCUAUCAAUCAAAUUCUCUUCAUUAUCUAUCUAUCUAUCUAUAUCUAUAUAUAUCUGCCUUCUCCCUCACUCUCCUACAGACUGUUUAAUCUUUAUCUCUUUUUCCAUCUCUAUUUAACUUUCCCUUUCACUGACAUCGUGUUGUUUUUAAGCUACAUUCUCUUUAUCGACAUACUUGCUUUCCUGAUCUACUACUUACAUAUUUAUCUAUUUGUCUCUCUCUCUCUUAUUUUCUCUCUCAUUCUGUUCAUAUAUAUUUGUCUCACCCUGUUCAUCUAUCUAUCUAUCUAUCUAUCUAUCUAUCUAUCUAUCUAUCUAUCUGUCUUUCUCAACCUGCUCAUAUCGGUCUAUCUAUCUAUCUAUCAAUCUCAACCUUCUGUUCCUAUCUAUCUAUCUAUCUAUCUGUCUGUCUGUAUAUCUAUCUAUGCUAGUCUGUUCCUGUCUACCUAUCUAUUUUUCUCUGUUCCUUUUUCUAUCUAUCUAUCUAUCUAUCUAUCUAUGUUAGUUUGUUUCUAUCUCUCUCUCUAUCUAUCUCAGUCUGUCCAUCUCUCUCUCUCUCUCUCUCUCUCUAUCUCAGUCUGUUUCUAUCUAUCUAUCAUUUUAUGUUUCAGAUUUUUCAUAUCUCUUUCUCUAUUCAUUAUCUCUAUCGGUUCAUUAUCUAUCUAUCUAUCAUUAUCUAUCUAUCUAUCUAUCUAUCUAAGUCUGUUCAUUAUCUAUCAUCUAUCGAUCUAUCUAUCUAAGUCUGUUCAUUAUCUAUCUAUCUAUCUAUCUAUCGAUCUAUCAGGUCUCGGUUCAUUAUCUAUCUAUCGAUCUAUCUAUCUAUCUAAUCUGUUCGGUUCAUUAUCUAUCUAUCGAUCUAUCUAUCUAUCUCACUCGGUCCAUUAUCUAUCUAUCUAUCUAUCUAUCGAUCUAUCUAUCUAUCUCACUCGGUCCAUUAUCUAUCUAUCUAUCUAUCUAUCUAUCUAUCUAUCUAUCUCACUCGGUUCAUUAUCUAUCUAUCUAUCUAUCUAUCUAUCUAUCUAUCUAUAUAUUAUCUAUCUAUCUAUCUAUAUCAGUCUUCUGUUUAUUAUCUAUCUAUUCAUCUAUCGAUCUAUCUAUCUAUCUCAUUCGGUUCAUUAUCUAUCUAUCUAUCUAUCUAUUCAUUUAUCUAUCAUGUUAUCUAUCUAUCUAUCUAUCUAUCUAUCUAUCUAUCUCACUCGGUUCAUUAUUCAUCUAUCUAUCUAUCUAUCUAUCUCAUCGGUUCAUCUAUCUAUCUAUCUAUCUAUCUAUCUAUCCAUCUAUCUAAGUCUGUUCAUUAUCUAUCUAUCUAUCUAUCUAUCGAUCUAUCUAUCUAUCGAUCUAUCUAUCUAUCUAUCUAUCUAUCUAUCUAUCUAUCUAUCUAAGUCUGUUCAUUAUCUAUCUAUCUCAUCUAUCUCAUCGGUUCAUUAUCUAUCUAUCCAUCUAUCUAUCUAUCUCAUCGGUUCAUUAUCUAUCUAUCUAUCUAUCUAUCUAUCCAUCUAUCCAUCCAUCUAUCUAAGUCUGUUCAUUAUCUAUCUCUAUCUAUCUAUCUAUCUAUCGAUCUAUCUAUCUCUCUCACUCGGUUCAUUAUCCAUCUAUUCAUCUAUCUAUCUAUCUAUCUAUCGGUUCAUUAUUCAUUAUCUAUCUAUCUAUCUAUCGAUCUAUCUAUCUAUCUCACUCGGUUCAUUAUCUAUCUAUCUAUCUAUCUAUCUAUCUAUCGGAUCAUUAUCUAUCUAUCGUCUGUUCAUUAUCUAUCUAUCUAUCUAUCGAUCUAUCUAUCUAUCUCACUCGGUUCAUUAUCUAUCUAUCUAUCGAUCUAUCUAUCUAUCUCACUCGGUUCAUUAUCUAUCUAUCUAUCUAUCUAUCUAUCUAUCUAUCUAUCUAUCUCUGUUCAUUAUCUAUCUAUCUAUCUAUCUAUCUAUCUAUCUAUCUAUCUAUCUCACUCGGUUCAUUAUCUAUCUAUCGAUCUAUCUAUCUAUCUCACUCGGUUCAUUAUCUAUCUAUCUAUCUAUCUAUCUAUCUAUCUAUCUCACUCGCUUCAUUAUCUAUCUAUCUAUCUAUCUAUCUGUUCAUUGUCUAUCUAUCUGUUCAUUUUAUAUUUAUCUUUUCAUUGUUUAUCUCUAUGACUGUUCAUUAUCUAUCUAUCUAUCUGUAUCCUCGCCUCCUUCGGGGGCACAUUUUCCACUGCAUCAUACUCCCCCCACCCUCAUUCCACCUCUCCAUCCCGAGGCGCGACCCCCUCCUGCCCAUUUCCCAACCUCCACAGGAUUUCCCUUCCCAGCCCUCGACCCCUUCUCUAGUCUGUUAGACUUUACAAGAACGCUUAUUAUGUCAUCCUGGUGGGACGUGACCGGGGUAGGAAAGAGAUUCUUUUUACAAAUGCAGUGCUCCUUGAAAAAAAGGCUAACAUCUUCUCCAGAUGAGCCUUGCUCUCUUCCCUCGGCAAAAGUCAUUAUUGAACCCAAGCGUUCACCUUUCCGCCAUGUUAUUUUCCCUUUUAAUGACUUCAUCUGUUGGAGAAUGGAAGAAAAUGUGGCUCUUGGAGGCCAACGCCUAAAAUCUAAAUUCUUCACUCAGAGACGAAUAUGGCAUAAUUCCAAAACACGUUUUUCCGUCUGUUUGGUCCGGAGCUCUUUCUCCUCUUCUUCCUACCCCCUCUCUCCCCCCCUCUCUCUCUCUCUCUACAGUUCCUUCUUUUUCUCUAUCUAUCCCCCCUCCUUGCUAAAUCUGGCUAUCUCUCUCACUCUCCCUCAUAUCUUUACAUCACUUUCUUUCUCGUUUCCUCAUUUUAAUUUUCCUUUCUUUCUUUUCGAAACAUUUUCUUUCCUUUAUUCUCUUUCUUUCUCUUUCCUUAAAUUCGUGAAUGUCACUUUCUUUCUUUCUUUCUUUCAUUCUUCCUUUCUUUCUUUUUUCUUUCUUUCUUUCUUUCUUUCUUUCUUUCUUUCUUUCUUUCUAAAUAUAUCGUUUUUCUUUCUUUCUAAAUCGUAUCUUCUUUCUUUCUUUCUUUCUUUCUUUCUUUCUUUCUUUCUUUCUUUCUUUCUUUCUUUCUUUCUCCAAACAUUUUUCUCUUCUUUAUUCACAUUCUUUCUCUUCUCUUUCUUGUCUAGCUUCUUUCAUUAUUCUUCCCAUUUAUUCCUCUUCCUUUUCUCUCUCUCUCUCUCUCUCUCUCUCUCUCUCUCUCUCUCUCUCUCUCUUUCAUUUUCUCACUGA